CAUAAUCAUAAUGGACGACACACUUCUUCAGGUUCGCGAAAAAUGUGCCCUCCAACUCGAGAUGUACCAAAAGUGUAUCGAGAACUAUCCUCAAUCAUGGGAUAAGAGCUGUAUUCAGCAAAAACGAGCAUUGACAAAGUGCUCUGAAGAAAAUGUUGGUAUUCUCAAGUUUGUCAAGCACCACUGUGUCCUUCAGAUCAAGGCUUACGAUGAAUGCCUGUUUUCUAACAAGGACGACCCUGAAAAGUGUGUCCAGCAACUCAAGGAGCUUUACUUCUGCACAGAAGCUACCUCAAUCGCCUACCGUGAUCAGGAGCAAGCCAAAAAGACAGAUGCACCUGCAACAGUUGAAUCAACAAAAACCGAUUAGAAUGAGGAGAGAUGGAUUAGAUGAGAGUUUGAGAUUUUCUCAUCAGAGCUUUAAAUCUACUUUACUGUUUCUUUAUUAUUAUUACUAUUAUUAUUAUUGUAUUUGUGUGUAUAUACUUUUCUUCUUAUGUUUUCCCAAUUUGACAACACAGUUCUAUAUUAUCUUUUGGAGUUU